UCCCUCUGCUCGCUCAUCAAUCAUUUCCAAUGGAGCUGUCUGAGCUGUGUGGUGAAGUCCUCUCCAGGCAGGCAGGUGUUCCUCUGCUCAUUAAAGUGAGAGAGAGCCCGAGGCUGGCCACUUCCUCCACCGUGCAGGAGAGAGUGUGAAGGAGGUGUGUGAGAGGUGGAGCACACUGCUGCUCCAUCACUGAGCACAUGUAUUAGACCUCAUCCUUACGUUUCAAACAGCCGGUGUGAGGAUGAGCAGGAGUUAAAAAGCAUGAGGCAUGUCUUCUGAUGAUUUUAUUUUCGUUCCUGCACCAUAGCUGCACAUUUUGCUUGCUUUUUUUUCCCCAAAAGCAUCUUUUGUUAGUUAAGAAAUAUGCUCUGGAGAGAGAACGAACAAACCAGCUGCAGUUUGUCUGAAGUGAAUUGAAGCUUUAAUCGGAUUUUCCUCCAUGCUGCAUGAAGAUCUGAUGACCUGAUGACUUUUGCACUGAGAUGCGUUCUUCCCAUUCAUCUCCUUAGGCAUGUCAUACACUGAGUUUGGCUAUUCGUAUUCAGCAGCUCCCCAGAUCCUGUUAUCUAAUACUCUGGGUUCCUGCUACGAGUCCGGGAGCGAUUCUCCAUUCGAUUCUGCGCAGACUUCUCUCUACUGCCCAGUGUACGAGGGCACGUUGGUGACAUCUGCCAGACACGACCUCAACUCUACAUAUGAGAAUGGAUAUAUGAAAGAUCACGGGACAUACUGUUCAUAUAGAACGGAUUCAACAUGCCUGUAUUCCCUGGGUAAGAUCAGAGAGAAAGGGGAAUCAGGAACGGCAAAUGCGAGGAUCACACAUGGGUCGACGUAUUACUCCUACAAUCACCCAUUUGGAUACCAAUAUGACUCAUAUGGGUAUGGAUCUGUGGAUGUUAACACAAGAAGGAAGAAUGCAACCAGAGAAACCACCAGCACCCUGAAAGCAUGGCUUCAGGAGCACAAAAAGAACCCAUAUCCCACUAAAGGAGAAAAGAUCAUGCUGGCUAUAAUCACCAAAAUGACCUUGACACAGGUGUCCACAUGGUUCGCCAAUGCUCGCCGUAGACUCAAGAAAGAGAACAAAAUGACAUGGUCCCCACGCAACAAGAUCUCAGAUGAGAGAGGCUGUGAAGAGGAAGCAGAGAAUAUCGAAGGGGAGCCGAUUAAAUCUGAGAAGGAAUUUGAUGACAACCCAAGGGUGGAUGAUACAGAUCCAGCACAAAGCGAUUUGGAAGACUUCGACCUCACUGAGUCAGAUGCCUCUGAAUGUGAACCGAAACCUCAUGCAAUAUCACAGGACUGUCCAGAUUAUCAACUCAGAGAACCUCUGCUACAUGCUUCUACUCCAGAUACAAGGUACAACGGUUUUGAUAAAACCUGCUUAGAAUCGACGACUGAAGAUAGCCACUACUCUGAACAAGAAGAGACCAAGCCAAAAAUUUGGUCACUUGCACAGACAGCCACAUCGUUAAAUCAGGCAGAUUACACGUCGUGCAUGCACAGGGGUCGAGGCGUGCGGUCGUCCUCUAUGGACUGCCAUUUAGACUUAGAGGACUCUCCAUUCACCAGCCUCAGAAACUGGGUAGACGGCAUGUUUCAUGAUCCACUGCUCCGGCAAAGCGACUUAAACCACACUUUCUCCAGCUCUUCAAGUUUAUGGAUGUUGGAGAACAGAUUACAUGAACUGACAGAUUCUGUUCCCUCACCCCAGCUCACAUGAUCAACUGGAAAGUGAACUGUUUUUAUUAUACUACUAAACCAACACAGUAUUUUAUUUAUUUAAAGGUAUGCCUUUAAACUACACUGCAGCACUAAAGCACCAAUGCAAAUGCUAAUGUUAAGUAAAAGCACAAAUGCACAAUUAGGAAAUAUACAUUUUAUAAAUUAAAUAAAUUUCUUUAGAAGAAAUUGUCACAUUUUCAGCUUAAAGAAAUGCACAUACAUUUAUGCCAAUUUUUUCUUCUUAUAACCAUCUCAAGAAUUUUUGUGUUGUUGGCUGUCCAUGGUGCUGAAAAAAAAUCACUUUCUCUCUCGUCCCUCUCCUCUUUCUUUAUUUUUCUUUCUCUGUAUUUGCAAGAGUGUAUACAUUUGGCAUGCAAUCAUGAUAUUUAAAUAUAAACUAAUAAACAUAAGAAAAUUAUUUGUUCCUUUCCAUCCAGUGACUU